UCCUCCAAUACGUUCUCCGGUUAACUUUACCCAACAUACAGUGUGAAUUUCACAUUUUAUUUAGUUUGUUAAUUAUUGCCAUUUAAAUAACAAUAUCAUCUGAAUUAUAGAGCAUUCUUUUGUUUGUGAGAAUAAGUAUUCAAACAUACAAAUCAUAUGACUGACAUACAUAAUAUUCACACCAGGAGAGCAGGUAUUUUAGAUUUAAUAUUUCAUCGUGAACGAGGUAGUAUAUCUUCACCACUGUAUAAAACGAGUAUAACAGAUAUUAAAGUGAAUCAAUUGCCAAGAUUUUCUGAACAACCAAACAUAUAUUCCGACUACGACAAUGGAUUUUAUUGGUGUUUUAUCAGAAGUGCUUUAAAAGGCGACUUAGUUGGAGUCGGCUGGAGUAGUAACAGAAACACCAGAGUGAGACAGAGUUCAGUGUGUGUGUUUCAGUUUGAUACAUGUAGGCCCUUGGAUGAAGGAGAUGAUGUUAGUGCUUCAUCCCCUUAUAUUAAUGAAAUUUCUAAGAAAUAUAGCGUUUUGAAAGACAUGAUAAUUACCGACACAGCUGAUUUGCACUUCCGGAAUCAAACCCCGUUAUUAAUAGUUGGAAAUUUUAAUAAUAAAAGAAGGAGUGCAGCUAUUUUAACAUCCUUCCACUGUGAUUAUGUUCACCCAGCAUAUGAAUGGAGAAUUGAUGAUCCUAUUUUUUGUUGUGCGAGUCAAAUGAAAUCUGAAAAUUAUGUUCUUGGUUGCUUAAAUGGCUUCUACAUAUGUAAAGAUCUCAGACUUAGUAAGAAAUAUCAUUUGGAAGAUGAUGUUAUUGCUGCCGACUUUAAUAAUGAUGGCAAUUUGCUAUUUAUUUCACGCAAUCAAACUGGUAUUCAACUUUGUGAUCUGCGGGAAAAUACUGACCGACCACGCAGAAGCAAAAAAUUGUGUAUCAGAGAACCAGCUCUGGAUGAUUCAUCCUUUGUUGCUAACAGAAUGAAACUUUUGUCUGACCAAAUAACACUCAUUGUUUCAGAUAAAAUAGGGCAUUUAAGUAAGAUUGAUUUAAGGAUGAAGAAAUCUGUGUUCCAGUAUACCGAUUAUAAAAGCUUCCAGUAUAAUAGACCUCUGAAUAUUGAUGAAGACUUAGAUUUGUUCUGUGCUGUAGGCAAUGAUAAUUACUGUAGAAUAUGGUCCCUAAGUUCUGGGAAGCUACACUGGUCUGACAAAAUUCCACCAGCUAAUUACAGAGGAGAACCACUCACAGCCCAUGCGUGCAUUCUUUCUACUGAGAGACGAUGGUUUGUUGCUAUCAUUCAGAAUGAUACUGUGACUCCCAUUGUUCCUGAUGAAGUUGAAAUGAUAUCCUUUCAGCCCGAAUCUGCUCUGCGUUGAUAUUCAAAAAAUUAUUUGUAAUGCUAAACAUUUUUUUUUUUUUUGCUUGGUUUUUCAAAGAAUUUGUAAAGUUAUAUCUGUAAAUCCUCAUUGUUUUGUGUAACAUCUGAUAAGGUUGAUUCAAAGGCCUUUAAAAUCCUUUGUCCAUCAUCCUGUUUAUAUAGGCAGUGGUGCAGGCCCUUCUCCCUAUCUUUUGUGGUAAAUGUUCUUUACCUAACAUUUGCGAUGAACUGGGCUAAUGCAAUGGUUCCUAGCAUACUUAGGCAAAGAAAAAUUUAUGCAUCUCUCAUCCAUAUACAUUAACAUAUUCAUGCACAUACUGCAAUAUAAAAAUUGGUUGAUAUUUUUUAAUUGAUGAAGUAUUUUUCAAUACAUACAAAAAGAUUUUUUUUAAUUCAUUAAUUUUCAUUUUUGUCCUUUCCAGAACAACUUAUCAUUGUCAUCUGUAUUAUAAUAUUGGUGUAUGUGUUGGCAUUUUUCAGCAUAGAUCAUUUGACCUAAAGUUAUCAAAAUUGACAUAGAUAUACUUUGGUAGGUGGAAAUUUUGAAUCAUUUUUUUAAUUUUAAUUAUUUAGAAAUUAAGUGAAAUUUUGUGGUUUUCCUGUGAUAACUUCCAAAAAUUAUUUUAAAAUUCAAAAAAUAAUCUACAGUAAUACAAGUUUUUUUUUUCUAUAUGUAAUUUUAUUUUUAAUCAGUUUUGUA